UUCAAUUAGUAUAGACUGUCAGUCCUAUUUGAACCAAGGAGUGAUCAUGUGUGGGAAUUAUUAUUAUUUAGUUUUAUAUUUAGUCUACAUUUCUAUUGCAAGGACAAAUGGCAUAUUCCGUUACGACUACUCGUACAGUAAAGAGGCAGGGGGAUGGCUGAAGCUGCACCAGGCACCAGUGACGUUUACUGAGGCAUUCCUUCGCUGCGACCUAGAAGGUGCAGUUCUGGCAUCGCCGCUGAAUGCAAAUCUCCAAACAGCUAUAGCAAGGCUGACGGCGGGAGUUAGCUGUCCUAUCUUUACGGGAAUCCAUGCCACAAUUUCCAAAGGGGACUUCACGUCUAUCGAAGGUAUCCCGUUAGCAAAGAUCCCCGUGCAAUGGGCCAUGGACGAACCUGACAACUUCCAGAACCAGGAAGACUGCACGAUCAUGCUGCACAACGGGACACUGGCUGACGUGCGGUGUAACGACACGUACCCUUACGUGUGCUACAAGAAGAAAACCAACAACCCCGUGAUGAAUACAAACUGCGGCACUAUCGACCCUGCUUAUACAUUUGAACAAAGCACUGGUAGCUGCUACAAGUUCCACCGCCUGGGGAGGAGCUGGAGGCGCGCGCAGAUGACCUGCCUCGCGGAGGGCGGGUACCUGGCCAUCCCCAACAGCGACCAGGAAGCCACAAUCCUCAAAAACCUCAUUGCCCAAAAUCCAGCCAACACUAUAAUCGUAACGUCGAACUUUAGGGACGUUGUUUCAAUUGGAUUUCUUGAUUGGGAUCAAAAGGGCACUUGGUACACAGUUAAUGGUCAGAGUAUUCAAGCGGCAGGGUACGCGAGCUGGGCGAACGGCCAGCCUGACAACACCAAGUCAAUCGACAACGGCUCCUACUGCGGCGCCAUGUUCCGCAGCGGCCUGCUCGACGACGUCUGGUGCGAGUCUGUCCCGUUCGCUUUCAUAUGCGAGAAGGCCCCCGACAACAGUCUCGUGCCCGAUGACGAAGAAUAUGAAAAACAAUAAAAUACAUCGACCGCCUGGCUUAGUUUUUUAUGAACCCUACUACAACGCCAGCCAAGAUUGCUUCAAUAACCGCUAUACUUAGGUACUUGCGGGACAAGGUUUUUCGUAUAUUCUUAA